UGAUUAGAUUACCAAAUAACUGGAAUUUAGCAAAAAUCCAACAAAUCUGAGACCAUCAAAUUUCGUCCCCCACCCAGUUCUCUGUCGCCGAGUGCGUACAGUUAUAUCAAAGAUACAUAGAUAGUGAAGCAGGCUCGUCUCUGGAUACCCACUUUAGAUUCUGGAUUUGAUUCUCAUGUGGAAUUGAGCUUUAGCAUUGCCGUUUGUACUGAAUUCUAAGUGAUUUGAGUGAGUGAGUUGGUGGCCCAACUGUUGUAAUUGAUCCACCAAUGGGUUUUCGCUUCUCGUUGUUUCUCUCUCUGGCAUCACUUUCUGCUAUUUGGGCUCAACAAGUUGAAGAUGCCGUGAUUGUAGUCAAUGGAACUCAAGCAGUUACUAAUACAGAUCCUAAUUAUAUAUGCGCGACAAUUGAUUGGUGGCCUCAUGAUAAGUGUAACUACAACCAAUGCCCAUGGGGAUAUUCAUCCAUUAUAAAUAUGGACUUAUCUCAUCCUUUUCUUGCCAAGGCUAUUCAAGCUUUCGAGCGCUUGAGAAUAAGAGUAGGGGGAUCUCUGCAGGACCAAGUACUCUAUGAUGUGGGAAAUUUGAAAACCCAAUGCCAUCCAUUUAGAAAGAUGGAUGGUGGGUUGUUUGGAUUUUCAAAGGGAUGCUUACACAUGGAUAGGUGGAAUGAAGUGAACCACUUUUUCAAUAAAACAGGAGUACUUGUAACAUUUGGCUUGAAUGCACUGCAUGGGAGGCACAAGAUAAGCAAGGAAGUCUGGGGAGGAGAUUGGGACUCCAGUAAUGCAAAUGAUUUCAUAAAAUACACUAUUUCCAAAGGCCACCAAAUAGAUUCAUGGGAAUUCGGCAAUGAGUUAAAUGGUGGUGUUGGUGCAAUUGUUGGUGCUGAACAGUAUGGAAGAGACUUGAUCAAGCUUAAAACUAUCAUUGAUGAGUCGUAUAAGAACUUCAAACCAAAACCUUUACUCGUGGCUCCAGGAGGAUUCUAUGAGAAGCAAUGGUAUAAUAGACUCCUUCAGGUUACAGGCUCACCCGUGAUCAACGCUAUGACACAUCAUAUAUACAAUUUGGGUUCAGGUGCUGAUCCUAAUCUUGUGAAUAAAAUUCUGAAUCCUCAUUAUUUGAGCAAGGUAUCAGAAACGUUCAGCGGCCUUAAACAAACCAUUCAAACCCAUGGUCCUUGGUCUUCUGCUUGGGUCGGAGAAUCCGGGGGAGCGUUUAACAGUGGUGGCCAUAAUGUAUCCAACACCUUCGUGAAUAGUUUUUGGUACUUGGAUCAGCUUGGAAUGGCAGCAAAGUAUGACACUAGAGUAUAUUGCAGACAGACUUUAAUCGGCGGAAAUUAUGGUCUCCUCGACACACCCACAUUCAUCCCUAACCCUGACUAUUACAGUGCACUUCUGUGGCAUCGGCUGAUGGGAAAAGAAGUUCUUGCUGUUAAUACCAGUGCUUCACCAUAUUUACGCUCCUAUGCCCAUUGUUCAAAAGGAAGAGGAGGUAUUACUUUGCUUCUGAUCAAUUUAAGCAACCAGACCAAGUUCAACCUAAGUGUUCGAAAUAGUAUGAACAUCACCGUACAUGUGAAAGAGACAGCCGAUAAAAGUGGAAAGUCUUUUACUCAGAGUCUCAAGAGAACUGUGUCGUGGGUUGGAAGCAAAGCAUCAGACGGAACAUCUUUCAGAGAAGAGUAUCAUCUAACUCCAAAGGGUGGGAAUCUUCGAAGCAAAACCAUGGUACUAAAUGGUGUUCCGUUACAGCUCACUGCCAGUGGAGACAUUCCAAGUUUGAAUCCAGUUCUUGUUCAUCUGAAUUCACCGAUGUUUGUCGCUCCUUUGUCUGUCAAGUUUGUGGUAUUCCCCAAUUUCGAUGCUUCGGGUUGCAAGUGAUUCUUUACAGAAACCAUACAGGGUGGUGUUUGUUAUAUACUGUAGUUGCAGAAUCAUAAGUUUGUUGUGAUGUAAGCUCUGAUAUUGGUGUAAUUUUAUUUUUCACUAAGCUAAAAAUGUGGUAGGAUGGGUGACCAGUGCCUGGCAACCUUGUUUGUGUUACCAAAAGGGUAGUCAUUAUAAUUAAGUCAAAUUUGUAGGGUUUGUUUCAAACCUGAGAGUGGGGAGUCUGAAUGUACCAAAAAAAUUAUUGGACACUUCAUUGUCAAAUUUGAAUUUGUUAUUUUUCUUUGAACGCUCAA